CUAUUAUUAUUAUAUCUAUAUUGUUUUUAUGUGUUCAUGCUGCUUUCCAGAGGUAUAACAGGAGUGGAAAAAAAUGGCGUGGACUGACGCCACAGGACAGAAGGCCCUACGUCGAGGAAGCUGAGAGACUCAGGGUUAUACACAUGCAAGAACAUCCAAAUUACAAAUACAGACCGAGACGUAGGAAACACGCUAAACGAGCACCCGGUGCACCUUCCUCCCCUCCCACUGCCAGCAAUGCUACCAGCAGUAGGUCUAACCCUACCAACGCUACCAUUCAUCAUUCCAUGUCUAAGAUGGAGAGUUAUCAAGGAAUCCCACAGAUCCCAUGGGGUGGCCAUUCCCCGAUCUCGUCGUUGUAUCAUCAACAACAGCAGCAGGGUAUCCAGGAAUACAAAUCGGAAAAUAAUUCAUUAUACGGUAGCCCGUACACGCCUAUCAUCCAUACACCGGACAUAUCACCAGUUGGCAGUCCUGAACCCGACGGUGAGGGAACGCACCUACCGCCCACGCAAAAUCCUGAUCCAGAACGGGAUCUUAUGGAAGGUACCUCGAAACAACAUGGGGAUAUGAACGAUCAAACGAAACGGUACACAUUCAUGAGUACCGACAAUCAGGUUCAUGGGCCACAUAAUGUUGUUACCAGCAUAACUUCAUGUCAAAAUUCAGCGAGUUAUACGGACACGUUGACUUAUAAGAAAUCGGUUAGUUAUUUGAACUUCGAAAGGCAAACGUCGAGCAUAGCAGCAGUUGGUAUAGCAAAUGGCAUGAUGGUAUCGUGCAACAAGCUUCGUUCUGGUUUCGAAAACGUCGGUUCGGUCACUGGGACGUUUUAUCCGCCCGUUGCCUCUCCCCACGAGCAAUCCUUGCAACAUUACGCAAGUAGCCAGUCCUCGAAAUCAGGAAACUAUUCAAUGCAGUCAGCUGUCGAGAGCAACUACACUUCUGUACAAUGUAGCAACAGGCAACAGACUAUGGGUAUACGCGGGACAGCUGAGGGUUGUUCAGCUGUCAGUCCAAGAUAUCAAAUGUCUCAGCAUCAUCAGGAUUAUCAAACCGAUACGACAAAUGCUCCGCAUGAUCAACAACAGCAACAACAGCAGCAACAACAACAACAGCAGCAGCAACAACAACAACAGCAACAAAUUAUUAGUCAUAUGGAUCCAACUGGUAUGUCAACUUCGAACGAGGAAGAUCAACAACAACAACAACAGCAACAACAACAGCAACAACAACAACAACAGCAACAGCAAAGUUUGCAAUUAGAAAAAUACUUCAAGUAUUCUCAUCCAACCAGCGCUGGUCAUUCCAAUCUUAGAUCACAAAAUUUGUUGGACAGUAAUCACAAUUAUGCUAGUGAUUUGCGUUAUUACGAUCUUGAACAACAACAACAACAACAACAACAGCAACAACAAUCACAAUUCGACAUAUCGAAUUCUCACUGCAUCGUCGAAGAUCAAAACAAAGAUGGUAGGUGUACUAGUAUGGGGAUUGCCCAUGGUAUGGAACAAUAUCAUGGUGGUAUGACAAUUGGCAAGUAUCAGGAACAUUCCGCACAUCCUCCACAACAACAACAACCACCCCAACCUCAACAACCACAACCAUCGCAACAAUCACAACAUACACAAAAUAUUGAGAGCGCAACUAAAGCUGAAGAUGACUUCAGUAUGAUUUUGGCAAAUGUAAGAAAGACUUGUUACAGCAGCUAGUAACUAUUCUUUGUCCCUUUUUUUAUCGUCCAUGAAGGGACCCCGUUUAUGGUUAUAAAGAAAAAGAAAAAAAAAAGAAAAACGCAGAACGAAGCGGAACGAAAUAUAAUUAAAAAAUAAAAAAAUAAAAAAACUAAAAAAAUUAAAAAAAAAAAGGGAAGAAAAACGGGGAAAUAAAAAUUAAGAAAAGCAGAGCAAAACUCGUUGAUAUAUAAUUUGUUUAUCAAAUUUAACGCGUUAUCCAACGAGAUCGAGAGAUUUUAAUUUUUAAUAAAAUAAAAGGAAAAAGAAAAUAUA